AUGGCACCACCACAGAAGCACCAAGCACCACCACUGAUGCACCGAGCACCACCACUGAUGCACCGAGCACCACCACUGAAGCACCGAGCACUACCACUGAAGCACCGAGCACCACCACUGAAGCACCGAGCACCACCACUGAAUCACCGAGCACCACCACUGAAGCACCGAGCACCACCACUGAAUCACCGAGCACCACCACUGAAGCACCGAGCACUACCACUGAAGCACCGAGCACCACCACUGAAGCACCGAGCACUACCACUGAAGCACCGAGCACCACCACUGAAGCACCCAGCACCACCACUGAAGCACCGAAGCACCACCACUGAAUCACCGAGCACCACCAGUGAAGCACCGAGCACCACCACUGAAGCACCGAGCACUACCACUGAAUCACCGAGCACCACCACUGAAGCACCGAGCACUACCACUGAAGCACCGAGCACCACCACUGAAGCACCGAGCACCACUACUGAAUCACCGAGCACCACCACUGAAUCACCGAGCACCACCACUGAAGCACCCAGCACUACCACUGAAGCACCGAGCACCACCACUGAAUCACCGAGCACCACCACUGAAUCACCGAGCACCACCACUGAAGCACCGAGCACUACCACUGAAGCACCGAGCACCACCACUGAAUCACCGAGCACCACCACUGAAGCACCCAGCACUACCACUGAAGCACCCAGCACCACCACUGAAUCACCGAGCACCACCACUGAAGCACCCAGCACUACCACUGAAGCACCCAGCACCACCACUGAAUCACCGAGCACCACCACUGAAUCACCGAGCACCACCACUGAAGCACCCAGCACUACCACUGAAGCACCGAGCACCACCACUGAAUCACCGAGCACCACCACUGAAGCACCCAGCACUACCACUGAAGCACCCAGCACCACCACUGAAUCACCGAGCACCACCACUGAAGCACCCAGCACUACCACUGAAGCACCCAGCACCACCACUGAAUCACCGAGCACCACCACUGAAUCACCGAGCACCACCACUGAAGCACCCAGCACUACCACUGAAGCACCGAGCACCACCACUGAAUCACCGAGCACCACCACUGAAGCACCCAGCACUACCACUGAAGCACCCAGCACCACCACUGAAUCACCGAGCACCACCACUGAAGCACCCAGCACUACCACUGAAGCACCCAGCACCACCACUGAAUCACCCAGCACCACCACUGAAUCACCGAGCACCACCACUGAAGCACCCAGCACUACCACUGAAGCACCCAGCACCACCACUGAAUCACCGAGCACCACCACUGAAGCACCCAGCACUACCACUGAAGCACCCAGCACCACCACUGAAUCACCCAGCACCACCACUGAAGCACCCAGCACUACCACUGAAGCACCCAGCACUACCACUGAAGCACCCAGCACCACCACUGAAGCACCGAGCACCACUAAAAACGAAAAGCUGAUGCCGGCUCCAAACUGA